AUGGUGUCACUCUGGCAAGACCUUGCGCCGUGGGAGGUCCCCACCGCGUUGGCGCUGGUUGUUCUCACAAUCUUGCUCAACGUCUACUUCACGCCCCUCGACGCGUUGCCGAACUCCCUCAUCAAGACACACACUAGGAUUGGACUGUUGCCUUCGCAGACCAACCUUGACGCCCAGAAGAAGUCUCCGUUGGGCGGCAGCAAGAUCACCCUGCGGAGUCUUUGGAUCUAUCCCCUCAAGUCAUGUCGCGGCAUUGAGCUGGCCCAAAGUCGCGUUCUCCCCACGGGCCUCGAGUUCGACAGGCUGUUCACCUUUGCGCAGCUACGUGGCGACGAGACGACGUGGCGGUUUCUGACGCAGAGAGAGGCACCUCUCUUGACCAACUUGUCAGUUGCGGUGUGGCUGGCCAAUUCUGCCGAUGGCUCCGGCGUGAUUGUCGUCAAGUUCCCUUGGACGGAGAAGAGCUCACGGGGGUGGAGACAGCGUAUCGUGAAUGCACUGACUGGCGGGACGUACGAGAAGGUGUUCACUCUGCCCCUUGAUUUCCCCUCAAAGGGGGACAUUGAGGCCAAGGCUUACAAGUUUGAAGACGUCAAGAUCUGGAACAAUGUCACCACCGCACUGAAUAUGAUCGAAGCGGUGCCACCUGAGCUGGAGAAGUAUCUCGGCAUGAGGCAUCGCCUUGCUCUCUUCAGGAUGGAUCCCUCGAAUCGAAGGGAAGUAUUCAGGUGUGCGCCGAAGAAGGAAGACGUUGGGUACCAGCCAGUAGUUGACUUCCACGAUGCGGUAGGUCAGAGAAUCAUCAUUUUGGGAGACGAUGUUAACACCCCCAAGUACCCUCUCCAUCUCCUCAGCCUGAACAGUGUCCGGGACCUUGAGUCCAAGAUUGAGGACGACACGUUCGAUUCACUAGACCCUCGACGAUUCCGGUCCAACAUGAUCAUGUCGGGGGGCAAGCCUUACGAGGAAGAACAGUGGACGUCCGUGCGAUUUGGUACGGCGGCCGACAAUGUCCAGUUUCAUGUGUCUUGCCGUACUGUUCGAUGUAAAAUGCCCAAUGUCGACCAGGACAAUGGGAACCGUCACCGCAACGAGCCCGAUCGAUCACUGCGAAAGUUUCGAGACGUCGACAAAGGGUCGCCCAAAUAUGGCUGUUUAGGAAUGCAGCUAUGCCCCCUGUUUCCUGAGUCUCGUCCAAAACGAGACCUUGAGUCGACGGUGCACGUCGGCAUGGAGGUAGUCCCCUUGAGCACUGGUGACCACUUUUACAUCCCCAUAUAG